CUUCAUUCUUCAUCCUUUCCCUUUUUUCAACUGUUGGUCGUAUCAAAAUCGUAUCUUUAACAAUGGAGCAAACUUUCAUCAUGAUCAAGCCUGACGGUGUUCAAAGAGGACUGGUUGGUGAAAUUAUCAGUAGAUUUGAAAAGAAAGGAUUUUUUUUGAAAGGUUUGAAGUUAUUGAAUGUUGAACAAGCUUUUGCUGAGAAGCAUUAUGCUGAUCUAUCAUCUAAACCGUUUUUCAAUGGAUUGGUUGAGUAUAUUAUUUCUGGUGCUGUUGUUGCUAUGGUUUGGGAAGGUAAGAAUGUUGUUACUACUGGAAGGAAGAUUAUUGGUGCAACUAAUCCUGCAGAUUCUGCUCCUGGAACUAUCCGUGGAGAUUUCUCCAUUGAUAUUGGAAGGAAUGUGAUUCAUGGAAGUGAUUCAGUUGAAAGUGGAAGGAAGGAGAUUGCUUUGUGGUUUCCUGAAGGAGUUGCUCAAUGGACUAGCAGCAGCCAUAAAUGGAUCUAUGAAUGAUGAUUUUGCCCUAGUUUGUUGUUUGUGAUGGUAAUUUUGGAUGAUUCUCUUCUACUUGUUUAAGACUUUUGCUCUAUGUUGAGGAUUGUGUGUGAUUUUGAAUUAUGACUGUUUUUAUAAAUCAGUAUUUUGUUUUCUUGA